CGCACGACGACGCCGCGCCUCAUCUCCCGUCCACACACACCGCCGCGCACACCACACACCCCCCGCCCCGCCUCUGCCAUGGCCGACGACGACAUCACCGCCGCACAGGUGUCCAACGAGGAGUACAAGAUCUGGAAGAAGAAUGCGCCCUUUCUCUACGACACCGUCGUCACGCAUGCGCUCGAGUGGCCCAGUCUGACGUGCCAGUGGUUCCCCGACCGCGAGCGGCCGGCGGGCAAGGACUACACGCAGCACCGCCUGCUGCUCGGCACGCACACGAGCGGGCAGGACCAGAACUACCUGCAGAUUGCGCAGGUGCAGCUGCCGAACCAGGAUGUCGACGUCGACACGAAGAAGUACGACGAGGACCGCGGCGAGAUCGGCUCGUACGGCGGUGCCUCGGCGCGCAUCCAGAUCCUCCAGAAGAUCAACCACGACGGCGAGGUGAACCGCGCGCGCUACUGUCCGCAGAACUGCGACCUCAUCGCCACGCGCACCGUCAUGGGCCACACCUACGUCUUUGACCGCACAAAACACUCGCUCAUGCCAAACGCCGACGGCAAGUGCCGCCCGGACAUUGUGCUCAAGGGCCAGACGGGGGAAGGCUACGGCCUGGCCUGGUCGCCCUUGAAGCAGGGCCACAUCCUGGCGGCGUCGGAGGACCAGACGGUGUGCGAGUGGGAUGUGAAUCAGUACAAGAAGAGCGACAAUGUCUUGGAGCCGCUGAAGACGUACAGAGGGCACACUGCCGUCGUCGAGGAUGUUGCAUGGCAUGCGAGCCACGAGAGUCUGUUUGCGAGCGUGGGCGACGACAAGCUGCUGCUUCUCUGGGACACGCGCGAGUCGGGCGACACGCCAAAGCAUCGCGUCACGGCGCACGACGGCGAGAUCAAUGCCGUCGUCUUCAGCCCGGGCAACGAGUACCUGCUGUGCACGGGCUCGUCGGACAAGACGGUGGGAGUGUGGGAUCUGCGCAACACAAAGACGCGCCUGCACAGCCUCGAGGCACACACCGACGAGAUCCUGCAGCUUGCCUGGUCGCCCCACAACGAGACAAUCCUGGCAAGCGCCGCGGCUGAUCGGCGAGUCAAUGUGUGGGACCUCUCGAAGAUCGGCGAGGAACAGACGCCAGAGGACGCAGAGGACGGGCCGCCAGAACUGCUCUUCGUCCACGGCGGGCACACGGCGCGCACGACGGACAUCUGCUGGAGCCCGCAGGCCGAGUGGCACAUGGCCACCGUCGCCGAGGACAAUGUGCUGCACGUCUUCCGCCCCAGCGCCACGGCGCUCGGACAGGACGGCGAGGAGACCGACGAGGCGGAGCUCGAGUGA